AUGCCAUCAGAUUCAUCACCAGCACGACACUCCGGCACCUUCACCCACCGCCCACGGCAUCGCUGGGUCAGGCCUAUCCUCAUUCUCGCCAUCCCCUCCGCGCUCAUCUUCCUCUACAUCAUUGCUUACCCCUUCAUACCGUCUUUGCCGCCGCCGCCUCGGAUCCGAAUCGAGACGGGCGACCCGAUCCUAGCCUCGCCUGCCGAACCAUCACCAGUGGCCCCACUAGCGCCGAUCGUGGCGUCAGCGGACGCCUGUGUAUGCGGCGUCACGGACCGCGGCAAAGCGCUGUGCAAUGUGUACCAGAAGACAGGCCUGAGAGCGUCGCGCAUUGCGCACAGCACCGGAGCAAGGUUGCGCCGCGUCCUCGGCAAGGCGCGCGCCGGAAACGACAUCAAGGUCGGCGUGCUUGGAGGAAGCGUCUCCGCGUGUCGCGGUGUCCACCCGACACCAGAGCACCCCGAGGGCGACCCUGCAGGCCCGGGAUGCUACACGUCGGUCGUGCACGAGUAUCUCAAGCAGACUUUCCCCGACUCGAAGGUCCAGCUCUUUAACGGCGCACUCGGUGGCAUGGAUAGCUCCUACUACGCGUUCUGCGGAACCCAUCACAUUCCGAGCGACCUGGAUCUUAUCGUUCUUGAGUUUGAUGUCAACGACGAACCUGACCCGAUCUACCAGCAAUUCUUCGACCAGUUGCUGCGGGUGCUGCUUGAGUUCAAAACGCAGCCUGCUAUUGUGAUUCUCGGGUCGUGGGCGCCCCAGAUUGCGCAGGACGUCGGGUACGCAGACCCGCAGAUCUUCCACCUACCCAUUGCGUUAUACUACGACAUCCCCUACCUGUCGCUCAAGCGCGUCAUCUUCUACCACUACGCACGCUUCCCGCACUCGACGGCAAAGGCGUUCUUCCUCGGCGACCAGCUGCACCCGAACGCGCGGGGACACCGCCUCCUCGCUGACCUCCUCAUUGCGUACCUUGAGUCGGAGCUCUGUAUGCUCCACCACUUUGGCCUUCCAACCGUCCCGUCUGUAGAGGAGACGAUCGCAACGACCAACCCAGCAUCUUCGCUUGUCGAGCUUAGCUUCCCUUUCCAGAUGGAUGGAGCUGUCGACUGGACGAUUGUUCCUGACGACUGGGAGGUGACUUUCGACGAGGACAAGCUCGCAGCCAUCGGCGAAGAGCGCCGCCACUUUGCGCUGCCACAGACACCGUACAGCAUACCCUUCUUCAACACGUUCCAGCCGCUCAGUGAGGUGCUCGACCCGAGCAAGCCGGACCCUCCGCGACCCGACCACAUCAUGAGCCUCCCGCAGCCGACACUCUACUGUGCUGACGCAAACGACCCGAAGCAUCCCAUGCAGCCGGUCGAGCACGAGGGCUGGGAGGCAUGGGACUGGAAGGGCGAGAAGCACUACUGGAUCUCCUCCACCAUCGGCGCACGCAUCCGCGUUGACAUCAAGGUCUCUGCUGGCCGCGUCGCCAUAUCCUACUUCCGCAGCAAGCAGUACGACCUUGGUGACGCGUACUGCUGGGUCGACGACAAUGAGAGUGGCGCUGUCCGCCUCGCUGGUUAUUGGGAGCGACCGUACAACCACGCCACGGUGCGCUAUAUCGACCGCAACGUCACGACCGGCGACCACUACGUGACGUGCGAGGUGGCAAAGGAGACGAGCCACCAGACGAACCCAGAUGCCCAUCAUUUCCGCAUUGUCGCCGUCAUGGCGACCUAG